GUGGGCUUGAGGAAAAACAGCGUGUCCUUUUAAGGCGUCAAUUUCCUUUUCUCUGCCCCCUUUCACUGAAUGCCUCGUUUUUUGUUUCUCUAAUGGAAAAGACAUCUCGUCUUGAAACAGCGAUACUCUGCUGAACAUAUUAAAGCUCCAGAGUGACUGGUGUCUGCACGAACGACAAAGUCAUCUUCAUUUUCACUAGAGUUGGGACUUCAGAGGAACGUGGUAAAGCGCAGAAUGGCAGCACAGGUGAAGGGAGCUUCAACCAUGGCAAACAAGGGUCCAUCUUAUGGGAUGAGCCGCCAGGUGCAGGAUAAAAUCGAGCAGAAGUACAACCCUGAGCUGGAGGAGCGUUUGGUGGAGUGGAUCGUGACUCAGUGCGGCUCUGGGGUUGGAAAACCAGAGGCUGGAAAACUGGGGUUCCAGACCUGGCUCAAAGACGGAUGUGUUUUGUGUGAGCUCAUCAAUACUCUGUGUAAGGACAAGCCUGUGAAGAAGAUCCAGAGCUCCAGCAUGGCUUUCAAACAGAUGGAGCAGAUCUCACAGUUCCUCAAUGCUGCGGAGAAAUACGGCGUCGUCAAAACCGACAUGUUUCAGACCGUAGAUCUGUGGGAGGGAAAGGACUUGGCCGCGGUGCAGAGGACUCUCAUGGCUCUUGGCAGCCUCGCCGUUACUAAAGAUGAGGGCAGCUUCCGUGGAGAUCCCAGCUGGUUCUUCAAGAAAGCUCAGGAGAACCGGAGAGAUUUCUCUGAUGACCAGCUGAAAGAAGGGAAGAGUGUCAUAGGUCUGCAGAUGGGGUCCAAUAAAGGGGCGACCCAGUCCGGCAUGACGGGCUACGGCAGACCUCGACAGAUCAUGAACCCAUGAGCCAAGCACUCGCCAGUCCUUCCCUCGGUUCCCUGAGCGUCCCAGCUGAUCAGAGCAACAUUGUAAUAAAUAUAGACUCCACUCAGUACUAAAACAAGUUUCCACACCCAGUGUCAGUCCCUACUUGUAUGAUAUUUGGUCUAAUUAAAAUGUUCUUUGUUGAACAGAGUAGAAUUGAGCGUUUCAUCUGAGUGCAACAUGACUGACUGUGCGGUCUAACCUUCAGCUAUCUGCAAAUCAACAUCACAUCAAAAUGAUCCCUAUUUACUCCUAUUGUAGUGCAUGUUAAUGCAAACAAAAUUUAACUUGCUCUACUUAUGAAACGUCUUGUCUUUUAGGCCGAUUUCACUGAUCAAGCUUAUAUUUCACUACCUGUCAUACAGAAAGACUUCUUAGCAACCAAUCAAUUCCUCAAAGUCAGCUUCACUCGCCUCAGAAAUGAACUGGCAUGCUAU